AUGAUACGUAAUAUGGUGCUUAUGUCGUUGUUCUGCGGGGUUUUGUUGUUAAUACAUGCUUACAAUCAAGGAAUGGCUACUCGUGCUGUUGAAUCUGCCUUACAUUCGCUGGUUUAUGUCACUGUCCCAAACGUCACAGUUGGUAAAGAAAUAGCAAGAGCAGUGGUUUCCGGCAGACUGGCUGCUUGUGUUAACAUCGUACCCGGUAUUACAUCAAUAUAUGAGUGGCGAGGGGAGGUCGAAGAAGAAAGUGAAUUACUGCUUGUCAUCAAAACAAAAACUUCUGCUCUUGAAGCCUUGAAGCAGAAAGUCCUGGAAAAACAUCCCUAUGAGGUCCCAGAAUUUAUUUCCUCCCCAGUAAGUCUUUCACUGUUAGUCAGCACUUAG